AUGGAGGAAGACAAAACAGACAUUGUUCAUUCGGUGGUGGGUUUCAAGUCUAACGUAUGGAAAGAUUUCGGGUUCUACAAGCGAGGGGGAGAGCUGGACAAGACAACGGCCAUAUGUAAACUCUGCCGUGCAGAGAUAAGAUACACAGGCAGCACAACGAAUUUGGCUGCACACCUGAAGCGGCGACACAACAUCCCCCAGUCCCCGGCUACGUCAGCGACAGCUAGCAGUGCUGCAACACCUUCACGUGAGCCAAGAUUACUCCAGUUUUUUCUGUCACCUCUGGCAAACAAUUCUCCCAGGGCAAAAUCCAUCACAGACGCCUUAUCUUUCUUCCUCUGCAAAAGCAUCCAGCCAUACAGCAUUACCGCAAACGAGGGAUUCAAGUACCUGCUUGAGGUGUUGGAGCCGAGGUAUAGCAUACCCGACAGGAAAGUGUUUUCUGACAAGAUAGUCCCUGCACUUUAUGAGAAAGUAAAGAUGGAUGUUGUCGACUCAAUGAGCCGUGCUCAGAGGGUGUCAAUAACGGUAGACGGAUGGACAUCUUGUGCCACUGAUUCAUAUAUUACAGUCACGGCACACUACGUGAACGAGGAAUGGGACUUGCAGUCUCAUGUCCUGCAAACACGGGUAUUUAAUGAGUCUCAUACCGGGGCAAACCUAGCAGCGUUGCUGAAAAAUGUCCUCCGCAAGUGGAACAUCGCAGAUAAAAACCCUGCCUUGGUUACGGACAACGCAAGGAAUAUGGUCGUGGCCGGAGCUGGCGCAGAUCUUACGCCCCACGUCAGAUGCGUAGCCCACACAUUAAAUUUGGCCUCGCAAAAGGCCCUCAAGAUGGACAGGGUGUCUGAACUGUUGGUAAAGGUGAGGAAGGUGGUGACGUAUUUCCACAGAAGCCCACAAGCAGUCGAAAUUCUACAGGAAAUUCAGUCCCAGCUACACCUACCCAACCACAAGCUUAUCCAUGAUGUCUGCACAAGGUGGAACAGCUCAGUGGACAUGCUCGAGAGAUUUUGGGAGCAACAGCCUGCCCUGUUGAACGCUAUGCUAUCCAGGAGGAUCAGGAGGGGAGAAGGCCUGGCUGCAACCGAUGUGAACGAGGACGACAUGAGACUCAUCCAAGAGAUCAUACAGUUGAUGUCCCCAGUGAAAGUGGCCACUACACUUUUAAGUGAGGAAAAAAGCCCAACCAGCUCAAUGAUCGCCCCCAUACAGGCCAAACUCGACAAACACUUCUCGGAAGACAACACCGACAUGCCAAUCAUCGCAGAGAUGAAGCAGCGCUUCCGACAGGAUUUUUCCGAUCGUUACGUGGAGCACCAAGAACUCCUCAACAAUGCAUCGGCCCUCGAUCCCCGAUUCAAAGACCUGACUUUCCUUGAUGACGUCGACUCCAGAGAUCUCAUCUUUGUGAAAAUAGCAGCAGAGGUGGUGAAGAUGAACGAAAAGAUUUUUGACAAUAAUAUACAAUUUGACUUUGAUAUGGAUUGUCAGACGGAAGGCAGAUGUGCACUGGAUGAAGGAGGGGCACUGGAUGAAGGAGGGGCAGCUGAAGGAGGAGGUGAUAGAAGCCCCAGCAUAGAAGAAAGAAGAGAUGAUGAUGUCUUGCCUUCUCCCAAAAAGAAGACUGCCAUGGACCAGCUGUUUGGAGAGUUUGUCACCACAAGAACACCAAUGAAGACCACAAGGGAGAAAGCUAAGGAUGAAAUUUUAAAAUACAGAGAGAGAGAUCCUUUAGAACUAGGCGGUGAUGUGUUGCAGUGGUGGAAAAAGCAGGCAGACCUACCACUCCUUUCAUCUUUAGCCAAAGAUUACUUGUCCAUCCCAGCAACGAGCGUGUCCUCUGAGCGUGUGUUUAGCAGGCAAUAUUGUUACUGCACAACGAAGUCUCUUGCACCCUGA